AUGAACUAUUGUAUUAAUGGUUUAAUAUUUCUUCUGUUAUAGGUAGCUUGCAUGCAGCUCAUCAAUGCUCUUGUUACAUCUCCUGAUGAUUUGGAUUUUAGGCUUCACAUCAGAAAUGAAUUUAUGCGCAGUGGAUUGAAAGAGAUAUUGCCACAAUUGAAAUGUAUAAAGAAUGAAGCACUAGAUAUUCAGCUGAAAGUGUUCAAUGAACAUAAGGAAGAAGACAUGAUUGAGUUCUCUCAUCGUUUAGAAGAUAUUAGAUCUGAACUAGAUGACGUAAAUGAUGUUUACAACAUGGUGUGGAAUACAGUUAAGGACACUAGCGCAGAAGGAUAUUUUCUUUCUAUUCUCCAACAUCUUUUGCUCAUAAGAAAUGAUUAUUUUAUACGUCCACAGUAUUUCAAAUUAAUUGAAGAGUGUGUGUCCCAGAUAGUGUUACAUCGAAGUGGAACAGACCCAGAUUUCACGUAUCGUAAAAGAUUAGAUAUAGAUUUCAGCCACUUAGUAGAUAUUUGUGUAGAUAAAGCAAGAUUAGAAGAAUGUGAAGAGAGAGCUUCUGAACUUUCCAGAAAAUUUGAAAAAGAUUUUGUAGUUCAUCAGGAGACCCAGGCCCUACUGCAAAAAAAAGAAGAAAGAAUCAAUGAACUUGAAGCAGAAUUACAAGCAUUUAAAUCACAGUAUGGCUCCUUGCCACCUGGUUUUCUGCCAUUAACACGUGGAGAUGCAUCUGUCGUUCCACUGGAAGCUGCAGGACCACAUCAACUUCCGCCGCCGCCUCCUCCACCACUGCCUUCUAACGGAGCAAUUCCGCCACCACCACCCCCACCUCCUCCUCCACCACUUUUGCAUGGCUUGAGAGUUCCUCUGGCUCUUGGUGGUGCUCCUCCACCACCGCCUCUACCAGGUCUGCCUGGAGCACAGUGGUCUCCACCUUCAUGUACUUUGCCAUUUGGAAUGAAGCCUAAAAAAGAAUUCAGACCCGAAGUUACCAUGAAAAGACUCAACUGGUCCAAGAUCAGGCCUCAGGAAAUGACGGAAUCCUGUUUUUGGGUUAAGGCAGAAGAGGACAAGUAUGAGAAUGCUGACAUGCUUUGCAAAUUGGAACUUACAUUUUGUUGUCAAAAAAGGGUGAAAAAAGAGGAGGAGGAUUUUGAAGAAAAGAAAUCCAUUAAGAAACGAAUCAAAGAAUUAAAAGUUUUGGACCCGAAGAUUGCACAGAAUCUGUCAAUUUUCCUUGGCUCUUUCCGAGUGCCUUAUGAGGAAAUAAAAAUGAUGAUAUUGGAAGUAGAUGAAACACAGCUGUCAGAGUCCAUGAUUCAGAAUUUAAUAAAACAUCUUCCUGAACAAGAACAAUUGAAUGCAUUGUCCAAGUUCAAGAGUGAGUAUAAUAAUUUGUCUGAGCCGGAGCAGUUUGGAGUUGUGAUGAGCAACGUGAAGAGACUACGGCCACGGCUCAGUGCUAUUCUUUUUAAGCUUCAGUUUGAGGAGCAGGUGAACAACAUCAAACCUGACAUCAUGGCUGUCAGUGCUGCCUGUGAAGAGAUAAAGAAGAGUAAAAGCUUUAGCAAGCUGCUGGAACUAGUAUUGUUAAUGGGAAACUACAUGAAUGCGGGUUCUCGGAAUGCACAAACCUUUGGAUAUAAUCUCAGCUCCCUGUGUAAACUGAAGGACACAAAGUCGGCAGAUCAAAAAACAACAUUGCUCCAUUUUCUCGUAGAAGUGUGUGAAGAAAGUUACCAGGAUGUCCUGAGUUUUGUUGAGGAUUUUCAGCAUUUAGAUAAAGCUAGUAAAGUCUCAGCGGAAAACCUGGAGAAGAGCCUGAAGCAUAUGGAGAGGCAACUCCAACAGCUUGAGAAGGAUUUGCAGACUUUUCCAGUUCCUGAAGAUAAGCACGAUAAGUUUGUAGCAAAAAUGUCAAGCUUUCUAGUUCAUGCCAAAGAAGAUUUUCAGAAACUUUCGCGGAUGCACGAGAACAUGGAAAAACUCUAUCAGAACGUGAUGAGGUAUUAUGCCAUUGAUCUGAAGAAAGUUUCGGUGGAGGAGUUUUUAACAGACUUAAACAACUUCAGGACAAUGUUCAUGCAAGCAGUAAAGGAGAAUGUGAGAAGAAGGGAAGCAGAAGAAAAACAGAGGCGUGCUAAAAUAGCUAAGGAGAAAGCAGAAAAAGAAAAACAAGAGAGGCAACAAAAGAAAAAGCGCUUGUUAGAAAUGAAAACAGAAGGUGAAGAGACUGGAGUGAUGGAUAGCCUGUUGGAGGCCUUGCAAUCAGGUGCAGCUUUUCGAGACCGAAGGAAAAGGGCACCAAGGUCUAAAGACAUACCACAAAACCUCAGUCCAACCAUGCAGCGGCCUGUGCUGAAAGCUUGUAACCAUGAGAACCAGAAAGGACAACUAGAGAAGUCGUGUUCACACCACAGUAUCAGUUUAAACUUGACAAAAAGCCCAGUCACCAAAGAGGUUACUUAUGAUGUGGAAACAAGUUCUUCUACGGCGUGGAACAAGGGUGUUGGGAGAAAGGAAACCUGUCAUGGAGAAGGCAACAAAGAAAAGAAAAUAGAUCGUAUUGGGUCCCCUUCUAAAGGAGAAGCCAUUCCAGAAGUAGAAGCUCUCCUGGCGAGACUGCGAGCACUAUAG